UAAAAGUCAAAUCGCUACACGACUCCAUAUUCCCUCAGUUUGUUUUAUAUACACACGCGAACAUAUGAAACACUAAAAAAAAACGAACGACAAAGACAAACGCACGCUGUUGUUAAUAUACGUGCGGCGAACGCGUUCAGUGAAAGACAGAAAGAAAGGAAGAAAAAAAAAAGAAGCCACUCACUCGCCCAGCAAAACAAUUAGAACUAAUGACAAUGCUGUAUAUAUUCAUUGCGAACAAGAGGUGUAUUUAAUGCGAAAUCAUGCGAAAAUGAUUUUUGUAUAAGUCAAACAAAGUGAAUCAAAACCGAUCAAGUGAUGAAAUUUAGUGAAUAUUAUCAUAAAUUAGUUGUUUUUUUAUGUGAAAAUAGGUAAAUAUUUUCAGUUUCGGUAUAUGUGUGUGCAGUGUGUAUGUGCGUCGGCCAUGUUGCCCCAAUCAACGAUAUGUUCAUUCCAUUGAUUUCACUUCAUUCACUCUAUAUAUGCUCAGUUUUCUUUCCCAAUUUUUUUCUUUCUACGAUUUAUUUUAAUAAUAACGAAACGAACCAUUUCAAUUCCAUAAUUGUGCCAAAGAAUUUCACGGUCAAUUUAAAAGCGAUGCCAAUCAUUUUGAUGCAUUGACAAUGCCUAAAUGUGUAUUUAUUUAUCGAAUCAUGUGAACGCUAACCUAACGAAUCAUCAGAGGCUAAGAAAUGGAUACACCAAGUAAACAUCUUCUUUCAAAUUCCGGAGACGAUUUAAAUCAGUCAACAAUGAGCCACGGCACAUCGUUCGGUGAAAGUAGCUUCGCUGCGGACGAUAGCCAAUUCUCAUCAAAUCAUGGCACUUUGAGGUCUUCGUUUGACAAAGAAUCAUCUAAAUCGGGUGCAUCAUCGUCACGACCACCACCCGCAAAGACGCCACAAAAGAAGAACGUACUGGAACUGUUUCCGUGGCUCAACGAUAUUGAGAAAUCAACACAAAAAUGCCUUGGCAGCAUAAACGAAGUGAAAAGUAGAACGGUUUUGAAUGCCAUGGACUUCCUUAUCAGGAAAUUAGCAGAAGAUUAUCAAAAAUAUUGUAAAUCACCCAGGCUGUCAAUCAUUCUUGCUCGAUAUCUUCGUGAAUUCCUGUAUUCUUAUCGUCAUUUGUACAAAGGAUUUGAUCUGGGGAAAGAAUAUUUUCGACGAGUAACAAAGAUAUUGGCCGCCUAUACCGAUUUAGAGUUGUGUGGAUCUGUGUCUGGAUUAGAAUGGGACACCGAAAUGGCCAAUCGCAUACAGUUAAUCUAUAGAAUACAUUUAGAGUUUGCCGAGGAUUUUACCGUUCUGGAUAUCUUUAUCAAUAUGAAACGAUUGAGUCGUGUUCAUAGAGGCGUUUUGACCCUACUAUUAAAACAUUUCCUGGUGAAAAUUACCGUUAAAGAACCGGUGGAAGUAGAGGAUGAUGUGUUUGUAAAGUACUUAAUAGUUUUUAAAAAGUGGCUCGCUAUUGAGGAUAUUUACGAAGAUAAAGAAGAUAUUCGAAGUGCAUUUACUACGCAAGCCAAACCGAAAAGCACAUUGUGUAUGAACUCAAAGUACGCGCCGUAUUUACCAGCUGAUGAAGACGGUUCAACGAUAACGAACAAAUAUGUACGUAUGCUAGAUAAGAAAUUCUCGUUUCAACCCUUGUUACGAGCACUCGAAGUAACAGAAAAGGUUUCUGGUGAGCCAUCGACUAGUGGAGUGGCUCGAAAGAUUAACGAAGUUGUUGUGUUGAGCGAUGAUGAGGAAGAUGCGUCAGAGCUCCAAUUAGUUACUGUUAAAACUGAAAUAAGUGAAAAUAGUGAUAAUUUAUCCGUGAUUGAUCAAACGUCGAAACCGGACCUGAUCGAUUUGACGGACGAAGCAUUCGAAGAUGCCGAUGUUCCACGUCACUACAUCUCUUGGCUGACGGAUUUGAUCAAACGUGCGAAAGUGGUGCCGACAACAAUGGAUCAACGGCUUGAAGGUGCAUCCAUAUCACAUGAUGUUAUUGUGAUCGAUGAUCCAGAAGAAAAUAGCGAGGCGAAUAAGAAUCCAACAGAUGAAUCUCAAACGACAAAGAUCGCUCCAGUGAAUGUGUCAACCGUAAGCACGAACGUCACACACACCAACUCGCCCAGCAUGGAUAGUGGAUGUGUGUUAUCAAAUCGUGAAGAAGUAGGUAUCCAUUGGAAUAGUAAUUUUGAAAUGUGUCCGUCGUCUCAAAAUGAGGUGCGCGUUGACGGCACACCGGCCGACAAUCAAUUAUGCCAACCAGAACAGGCUAGCCAUGGAAACGUCGUCAUCACAAAUCAUUCAAAUGAUGAUAAUUCAAUGGAAUGCAAUGCAUUCAAUGUUAGUUCGAGUGAUGGCAACAAUAGAUCGUUGCCGAUUAACGUAGUUGCAUCGGGUAGUAUUAGUAGUUGUAGUGAUGAGGCAGCGGAACAAUUAUUGACAGUCGCAUUAAAAAAUCAAAAACUUAACGAUCGUUUGCCUACCUCAGAUUUGAUUGAUAAAGUACAAAUGACAAAGGAUUCAACAAGCAAUCGAUCGAUAAACAACAAGGUCUCUGAACCAUCAGACGUAGAUUGUACAGUUGAAUCGACAUCAUUAUCAUUAGAGCCAACAUCUUCGGAUAGUUUGCCUCAGCCGAGCCACAUACCUGAACCGUCAACGGUGUGCCGGCGGCUUCAAGUUGUAAGUGAUAAGAAUUUAACUGUAAAUUUUGAUAAGAAACACGUUGACGACGAAAUUAGCCGAAGUGAAGACAGCGGUGUCGCAAGCGAAAGUGUGAGCGGCGGUGGCGAACCAUUGGACGAUUACAAUGCAAAAGUGAUUCGAUCUCAAGCCAAGAAAAGUGUGACCGUUGUUCAUCCAACGAGGCAUAAGCCACACAAUACGAUUGACAGUGAGACUGGCGAUGAUUUUCCACAAGAUAUGACCAGUUUGUCAUCAUCAUCAUCGCAAAAACAUUUCGAAUGUUCUAUACCAUUGAGCAGUAUCAAAACAAAUAAUCUAUUUGCAAAAACUGUUGACAAUAGAAGCCCAACGCGAGCGACACAACAUGUGAUCGUUGAGUCAACCGCUGAUAAUAGUCAAGCGGUUGCGAAUGCCACAUCAUUAUCGCGACGUCGAAUUGGUGAGAAAACCGAAAUUGUAAAUGACAAUGAACAUGUACCUUCGACCAUAAUGGAACGUAAAACUUAUAUUAAGAAAACAUACAAUAAUAAAACAAUAUCGACCGGAAAUCGUAGUCUGACAACAACCAAACCGCCAACACAGCUCACAAAAUCUCCGACAUCAUCAUCAUCAUCAUCAUCAUUGACAAUAGAAUCGCGACAACAACAAGUGGCAAUAACACCACAUGCAACCAGUGAACAACAGCACAUAUCACCGUCGAAAACCACACAGACGCAGCAUCAACCGUAUAAACUAUUCUACUCAGAUGAAGAACUUCCAUUUCUUACUCCGUAUGAUGUAUUCUUGAAUGAGAAGGAAAUAAAACAGGAAAAAUCUGCUGGUCCAAGCAGCAAGAGUACUCAAAGUACUGCGGUGCAGAUAACAUCGAAAGAUCACCAAAAAAUUGCCGAACGGAAUCUAUCCUAUGACUUUUCGGACGAAAAACUGUUGACAGCUGCCGCUCAAUUGGUUGACGUGUAUAACAAGCGAUCAAAGGCUUCGGCAACAAUAACAGUGCAGAAGAAACCAUCGAUUGAACCACGAAACAGAAACUUGAAUCUCAACAAACAACCGAUUCGGCCACCAUUUAUCGUUCCAAAUUUUGUUGUGACCAAAAUUACGGAAAAGAAUCGCACUCCAGAGAAAAGCAUGGUGGUAAGACAACCACCAAAAAGUUCGCAUGGUGUAAAUAUUGUGAAGGCAAUUCAAAAGCAAGAAGAAAUCGAACAAACGAAGCGAAUGGUCGAAAUGCAGCGGCAAAAGUCACUGCACAUUUUCAAUGCAAACGAGGAUCGUAAACCGAGUCGAGUGUUGUUCGAUGCCAAUGAUUUUCGGAUGAAAAGUUUGAGUGUUGCCAAUAAAAUUACCGACAGCGCUAACACCUCCGAACGUAUUAAAUCAACGACAAUAAAACCCAAGAUAUUUGGUGCGGUAGAAACGAAUAAACCCAACCAAAACGAACCGGUCAUUUUAAAUUUUCGCACCAAAAUGCAUGAUCCCACUUCAAAGCCACGACAAUUUGACACCCCAACGACAACAAACAGAAAAACCAAUGUGAAUACAUAUCGAGUGCUGGAAAUUUCACCACUUUCAAAAAACUCGAUGGAUCGAAGCAUUGCCAAAACGAUAGCUGAUCGAUACUAUUCAAAUAAGAUGCAUUCGAGUUCAAUUGCCAAAUCGGUGAGACCGAUUUCGAUGCCGGUGACCAAAGUCUAUUCACGUUUUAAUGCGAAUUCCUCACGAGCGCCAUACCAAAACCGCACACUAUUCCACAGAACUCGUGCCCCAGUCGUGAAAAAAUGUCCAUCGUUGCCGGAUCUAUCGAAAGUUGAUAAAGUGCAAACGGAUUUUUUAGGCCAGAAGACCGCCGACGAAACGGCUACAUCUAAAAUUUCGACCACCACCACUUUGACCAGAAGCAAAUCAUGUUUCGUAUGUGGAACCAAAUCAUCAGCAAACCUCUUCGAUCAGACAAUCAAAAGCAAUGAAGAAUAUUCCAAACUGUACAAUAUUUGCUCCGACGUAGUGUCUAAACUAUGCUUCAAAGGACAAACGAUUCGACGGAAAAGAGGCCGCCCAAAGAAGAAAGUGUACAAUAGUCUUACGAAGGACUUGCUAGGCUCAGCCGAAUUUUCAUUGAAAGCUGAUAUUUUGAGACUAAACGAAAUGUAUUAUGCAUCGAAACGAUUUGAUGGCCGUAACAUUCUGAAUGCGAAUCCAAGGCGAAGCAAACGAUUCGCAUUGCUAUCAAUUGAGCCAGUUCUACCGGAUCUAGAACCAUUGUUCAAUCGAAGUCGAGACAGAUCACCGGUCAAUUCGUUUCAUAUCAAUCGAGCACCAUUGAAAACGUACAGCCGAGCCAAUUUGAUUCAACCGCGAGUCAUAUUGGACAAUAAGAAGUUUCAAACGCCAACGUACACCAGUAAACCGCAAAUUCAGUUGCUUAACAUUGAACCGUUGUCGUCGACAUCUCAAAUUGAUUUGGAGGAUAGCAUCAAAGAUGAAGUGACACAGUCCACUGAAUAUAUUAUUGACACUGGGCUUAGUAGUGACGAUCUCGACGAAUCGGAUGCCGUUUAUAUUGAAUAUUUAGAAGAUAACGAUGAGAUUGAGUCGCCCGCCUACGAGCCACACGUCUCUGUUGCAGAGCCAGAUAUAAAAUCACCGUCAAUCAUCACCGAAGAAGCAGACACAACAGUCGAAAGCGGUUCACAAUGGGAUCAAUAUCGCCGAAAAAAGUCUUUGGACAUUACACAUACGAUGAAUGCAAAUGUAUCGCUUAAUGUGAAACGAAGCCCAAACAUCGAGAUAAAGAUUCUGAAGACGAGUGAAAGCGAUGCUCACAGCACCACCGAUUCGACCACAGAACUGUUCACCGUGUACGAGGUUGAAGAUAAACUACAAUUUAUGGCUGCAUCUUCUUCACCACAAAAGAAACCAGACGUGAUUAUUUCUCCGGUUAGAAAAAGCACCCGCAAACGGAAAAUACCAUCCGAAUUCCCAAAUUUUGCGAAAAAGAUUCGUGGUUGAUGAGAUGAUUUUUGGCCAUCCGCAAGCAAUACAUCGUGGCAGCUCACCAAAACCAAUUCUACGAAUAAUCCACACACACAUUACAUCACCUACAAUUUCAAUUUCUACUUUCAACUCCAGUUCCUACAGCAAAUUAAAUUGAAUCAGUCAAUGUAAUUCCAACGUUAAACGUACAAACGAACACAAAAUCUUUACGAAUUUCAAUAUUUUCAGGACUAAUCCAAAUGUAAACUAAACUAUAUUACCAAUGAUUGUUGUUUGAUUUUAUUGUUGUUAUUUAAAUUAUAUGUGAAGCUUACGAGAUUUUUUUCUACUUGAACUCAAAAACAAUAAACAAAAACGAAAAGAAAAAAAGAAUAUUGAAGAACUUUUUGAGAUUAAAAAUGCAAAACAUAAUGUAGUAUGUUAAGUAUUCACAUACUUUACGCAUUCAAUAAAAUUGUAUUUUUACUUAAUUGCUCAA